GGCUUGGUCACUCCCUGUCUCCAUACCUAUCGUGUGCAGGAUGAGAGGAGGACAUCUGACCCUACCGGUGCAGGUACAUCAGAGGUGGGCAUGGCGAGUAGGUGGGGUCGCUGCUCUCCUCCUGUCGGGACCAGAAGGCUCCAGCAGAACACACCAGCGCGGAAACGAAGAGGUGAGGGGAGCCGGUUAGGACUGCUGCCUGUAAGAGUAACUAAGGAUUGUGAACCCUGAACAGCGCAUGAUCUCUCGACAUGCAUCCUGAGAUCCAUCUCUCCCUUCUCUUAACGCUGCUGCUUCUUCAAGUCCAGCAGGGCACCUCAGUGCAGGAGAUCCAAACCAGCCAUGAAAACAUCGUAAAGAUCAGCUCGGCAGGAGAAAUGAUGCAGUGCUCAGCAGCCAUGGAUAUCCUCUUCCUCAUGGAUGGCUCCUACAGCGUGGGGAAGGGCAGCUUUGAGAGGUGCAAACACUACGCAAUCAAGCUCUGUCAAGCACUUGACAUCGGACCAGACAAGGUGCGAGUCGGCUUGAUUCAGUUUGGUUCCACUCCUCGGCUGGAGUUCGCCCUGGACACAUACACCACCAAACAAGAGCUCAAGAAGCAGAUGAAGAAGAUUUCUCACAGGGGAGGCAGCACCCAGACAGGCCUGGCUCUAAAGUACGUGCUGAGGAAGGGUUUCCCAGGUGGCCGUAACUCCUCCACUGCGGCCCAGAUCGCCAUCCUCUUAUCAGAUGGGAGGUCUCAGGGCAACGCAGUUCAGGCGGCUACGCAGCUCAAAGAGAUGGGUGUGGUCUUGUUUGCCGUGGGCGUUCGCUACCCUAGGUGGGAAGAGCUACAUGCUUUGGCCAGUGAGCCGAUGGAGAGCCAUGUUUUCUUUGCAGAGCAUUUCUACGAUGCUGUCAAUGGCCUGUACACCACACUGAGCACCUUCUCUGUCUGCAAUGCCACACCUGCAGGCUGUCAGGUGGAGUUGUUUCCCUGUGAGAGGAAAACACUGGAGACAGUGAAAGAGCUGCAGGCGAAUUACAUGUGUUGGAAAGGCUCCAAGGGGUAUUCCCCAUACACGUCUCUCUGUCCAUACUACAGGUACAACAAGGUGUACAAGAGACACCAGACAGUCUGCCAUCGGACUAUCUGUCCAGAUCCCUGCGACUCUCAGCCCUGUCUGAAUGGUGGCACAUGUGUAUCAGAAGGUCCAGAGGGUUACCACUGCGUAUGCCCACCUGGUUAUGGAGGAGACCCACACUGUGCUCCUGCAUUAUCACUGGACUGCGCUGUAGACCUGCUGUUCCUGGUGGAAGGCUCUGCCACACUCACCUUGGAAGGCUUCCUCCGCCUUAAGUCCUUCUUAAAACGCUUCCUGCACACUGUGAUCGGGUCUGACAGCCCCAGUAAAGUCGGCCUGGCGGUGUUUGGUGGAGAGACCAGAGUCGAGGUCCCGGUGGAUAAGUUCAAAGGGGACCUGAGGGGUCUGGUUAAGACUGUGGAGGCACUUCGACCAGUUGGCGGCGAGACCCGGACAGGUCAAGCACUUCGCUACGUCACACGUCACGGCUUCGUGAGCGCUCCAGUCUUUGCGGACGUUACAGACGACCUGCCCCGCGUGGUGGUGCUGCUCACUGCCACUCCUGCUGUGGACGAGGUGGUAGAGCCCUCUAAAUAUGCACGAGACAGAGAGAUCUUCCUGAUAGGGGUGGGACCAGACUUCUUAAGGGGACAACUGAAUAAUGUUACAGGAAAUCCCCAGAGGACUAUCACCUACACACCACCUGAGUUCAGUGCCAAGAUCCCUGAGCUCAAGGCUAAGAUCUGCAGUGUGGAUACACAAGGUUGUCUUGGCCAAGCAGUAGACCUGGUGUUUGCCCUGGAUGCCUCAGGUGGUGUCAGCCCUAAUAACUUUGCCACCACGCGCGACUUUGUGCGCAGUCUCACCGUCCAGUUCGACAUCAACCGUGACUUAGCUCAAGUGGCACUUGUGGCCUACGGUCGGAGAGCCACCACCGUCUUCAACCUGGACACCCAUGAGAGCGGUUCUGCCAUCCUCAAGGCUGUUGAUGACGCCAGCUACUUGGGUGGAGUGGCUUCAACGGGCGCGGCUUUACUUCACAUCCACUCCAACGUCCUGACGGUGGACAAAGGUGCACGGCCCGGAGUCAACAAAGCUGUGGUGUUGGUGACAGACGGUUCAGGCGGGGAUGACGCUGUUGUCCCAGCUCAAAAGAUCAGAGAUAACGGAGUUUCAGUGUUUGUGAUCGGUAUCGGAGACAUACAGAGAGAGAGGCUGCUGCAGAUUGCUGGUUCAGAGGAGCACAUGAUCGCGGUGUCGUCUUAUGAAGAUCUCAACUAUUUUGAGGAUGUGCUGGUGCAGAUACUGUGUUCAGAGGUUAAAAAGCCAGUUAACCUGUGCAAGCCCAACCCAUGUAUGAAUGAUGGGACCUGCAUCCUGUCCGGAGGGAGCUUCCGCUGUCAGUGCCAAGGCUAUGAAGGACCACACUGUGAAACAAGAAGCAGCAGGAAUUCAUCCAGAGGAGAUCUCCCGAGGCCUGCUGGUCUCAGGAAGAAGAGCAGACAGAAGAAGAGUCACCAGGAGCUCCUGCAUCACUACAAACUGCACCGUAGGACACAUGCUACCUGAUACACACAUAAACACACAUAGAAACGAGUCACCUAUGGACACCUAAGAACCAAGGAUGUUUGCGGGUACACAAUGGAGUAAAGGGAAAACUGAUGUUACUGUUUCAAUAUUUAAACUUGCACACAAACUUCAACCAGUGCCUUCAAACUGCAUGUACUUCUACUGCAGUGUCUAUCUGUGUCCUAGUUUGUCACUGUGCUCACUGUUGUGCAUUUGUCUCAACAUGGUUCUCUUGUCUAUACAAAGAUGUAAACUUUUAUAUUAUAUUAGAGUGUAUAUCUGUGUCA